CCAAGAUUUCUCUCUCAGCUUCACGUCAGAUGUAACUUCCUUCUUGUUGUGUGGGUGAUGCACGCAGUGCGGCUCACUAGUCAUCACAAGGACCCACAGUAUGUUGCAUUCACUAUUAGCCCCCAAUAUGCUUGAGCCGUUUAGCUCAAGCAUAAAUCCUCUACCAUCAUCGGUUUCGCUUCGAUACACAAAGCUAUUCACGUGUCUUAGCUGGUUUCUCGUUCUUGUCCUCUUCACAUUCCAAGCCGAAGCCCAGGUACAUGGGGUUGACAUUGGAAGGUUGGGACAUGAGACAUCAGGACAGCACGACGACUCCUCCAAAACAGCCCAGGACCACGAGCGAAAGGUUGCAGACGCAAUAGCUCAGGAACUUUUCUUUCAUCCCACGGAAAUGAACUUCUAUGAAUCCAGAUGGGUCGACUUUCUCGAGGAGUGGUCGCAACAAUCAUUUGAUCGGUACCUCGAGACUCUGAAGACACGUCCGGGUAUGUCUCAGAUUCAGUUCUUUGCAUUGGACUUGCUGAAUUGGGACAACAUGACUUGCAGCCUCUCAACCCCGGGGUACUGCACCAAUAUGCCAUCGAACGCCUACAUUCGAGCAUACUGGCCAGACCAACGUCAUACCGCUCGUCGAAUCAUCUAUACUCUCGAGGCAAUACGCAAGGCUUAUGCAGAAACGGACCAAUUCAUCAAGGCGAUCGAAGUUGCAAAGCGAAAACUCCAAGCGGUUUGCGGUGAAAUUGGCGAAAUCUUCUUCCACUCUCCAACGAGUGAGAAGGGGCAACUUUGUAGCAACGACAUCUUGAACAUUGUUCUAAGUAUCUUGGGUACGAUCAUCACCGUCGUCACCCUGGGGGACGGUUUCGUAGCAAUGGCCCCUGUCUUCGAAGCAAUCUCUGUUGUCUCUGCGGCCGAGAUGGGGACGCUCGCCACUAUGCAAGCAUACGGCUCAGCUGCCAUACACACUAUCAAGGCCUCCUUGAUUGGUACCUUUCAGAGCGUUGGAACGAAGAUCGCCAUGGGAGUCGAAAAGCUCGCUGAAGGGGGAAGCCUCUUGGGCAUCAAAACGGCGGAGUGGGCUGCUGGAAGGAUUUCCAGCAAAAUGAUUAACUUGGUCACGAAACCGGUCAGUAAACUGGUGGGCAAAAUGGGAAUGGUAAAAAGUCGCAUCCCAUUUCUUCAGUCCAAAGGUUUCCGCCCCCCCAAGAUUCACAAGGGACCUCCCAAUUCGUUGGCUAAUUCGGCAUCUUCCUCUGGCGAGAAUCUCCCCCUGUUGUCCCCUCUCGAUUCUGCGUCCUCUUCCGGAGAUGGGGUCUGGAGGCCCUCUCUUUCUACCAUUUGGGAAAGGUCUUUGCCCGCCAAAGGAAGCAAAAGCUCUCUUGUAACUGGUGUCUUUGGAAUCCAUGAGGCAUUCACAAUUGCCGACCAGACAGAUGCAGUAUCUGAUGAACACAGCCUCUACGCUCGUACCAACAUCAGCCACACCCCUUGGUUCGUUGAAGUCUACAAUCCCGCCAUGGACCUGCAGGCGUCUCUUAAUGACACCCGACAGCAUGUUGUAGAUCGCACCUCGGUACUGUUUAGGAUCGAUGGAGAGAAACGCACAACGGCUUUCGAGAGAGGUCAACCGGCAACAAACCGUUCUGUGCCAUUCGUGCUAGGCGCGGAGGAACGGCGUGAGCAGACCUCUCACGCCAGCGAUGCACAGGACUUUUGGGAGCUCGGUGGCAAGCUAAUUCCACACUUCCGUCAUCAAGAUGGAAAGCCCCUCCGGAUUGAGGCACUGGUAAAGCUUCUCGAAAGCCACGAAAAUGGUAUCGUCCAUCGUUGGCAGAAUUUACGCAAGCCUGAGAAUCAGUUCCCUACGGCAGAUAUCAAGCCGCAGAAUCUUUCUGGCGUAAUGAACAUAGACUACGUGCUUUCUACGGCACUGGACCAUCUUUCAUGGCGCGACAUCCUUGGUGGUGUCAAAUUCGAUGGGAUCAACAAGCGCGGCCUCGAUGGUACCUCCGACAGCCAUAAGUUCCAAUGGAAGGUGGGCACCCCACAGGCCUCGAUCGAGGAAUCCUCGACGGGCUAUCACAAAAGGGACACCCAGAAACGUGGUGCAGAUCUAGAGUUGAAGUCUAAUAUUGCUGCUACCCAUGAUCUGCUUGGAUUUGUCGACACUCUGCAAGCGUUUGGUCUCUCGGAACCAGUCAAAACGAUGAAGCGAUCUCUCAACGAUGCCUGGUCAUACAGCGAGUUUCCCACCAGUAACAUGUUCUCAUGGGAAGCGAAUGAACCCUACUUUACAAGUGAGAUAAAGCAAAGGAAAUGUGGGCCCGGAACGUACGGAAAGAGCACAGAGGGUGGGGGUCAGUGCUACCUUUACAUCCAAAAUGCUGUCGAUCAUGUCAAAGACAAGCUGGUGAAGACUAUGGUGAGGCUUAAUACUCCUCCCGACCUUAAUGCCGAAACCUGGGAGCCGCCUCUGGUUACUCACCUGAAGCUCCGGUAUUCCACCUACGCCAAUUUCAUCGCCCUUCGCAAGCUAGAGAUCUUCCUAGAGGCCUCGGAAGCCGUUUCUGAUCAGGUUUUGAACAAAAUGAAAAACAAUCUCAUCUCCAAAAUCUACACAGAUCAGCAAUGCUAUGUCAAGUGCACAUCUGCCGACGCAGUCGGCAGGGAGGCCAAAGAAAGCCGCCCUGGUGAUGUUCAUUACUAUGGAGAUACCGCAUGCCUCUCGGGUUGUUACGAGCCUGUCCAUCAGCAGCACGAGGAGCUAUACGGCCUCAACUACGGGGGCGUAAGGAAUAUCCGGGCAAGCUUAGAUCCCUAUAAUAUCAGUGAGGUGGCGCUGGUUAAUGCUUCCUACGACACUUACAACAAGGGCUUGGUGGACGGCUUCCUGAGCGGAGAGUUCAACCUCGAUCCGUACCAACAAGAUCUCAAGGACACCACGCCCAUGCUGCCGGUUUGCAAGAGCGACUACCUCCGACUCAGUAGAUCCCAUUCCGCGUCGUCAGGGACAUGGCCAUGCACCUGCGGUGACAAAUACGGAAGCCAGUCGGAAUUGUUCUGGGCUUCGUCUGUGUGGCUGGCUAGGCAUUGGGAGUACGAAGACGACGUUAUCGAGGAUUGUCGCGAGGGACCGCUCUCCGUGCUCAAGAAGACAAACCCCGCUGCCUAUCUCAUCAACAUGUGUAACGUCUUCUACAAGGGUGUCAUGAAACCUGGAGCAGGUUCGCAUCAGGAGAGUAAAGACAAAGGCGACUAUUAUCACAACUACGAGGCGUGCAGGGUCUAUUGGAAGUACUACGAGGAGCAUAAGGACACCGCCAACGACGCAGAGCUUGACGUCGGCAUGUGUAAGCUCUGGAGUCGAUUCUCCAAGAACUGGGACAAAGGUGGCGACGGGCGGGACGACUUCAGCUACGUCAACGACGAUCUUGAAGAUAAUGGGUGCAAGCCGUACAAGAAGUUUUGGAGGAAAAAAUGUCAUCGGAGGAUGGAUGCACAGUGCGACAUGCCCUGGGUCGACCUCGACAAUCCCGACUUCUGGUACUAGUUCACGUCAUGGCCUACCCAUGGAAUUGGGAAGGAAGUACUUUGGAUAAAAUGAUUCCUCUUGUUUCUCUUGUGAUAGAUUCAAAGGUACUGGACGAAACGCUGGUCAGAUUUCUCUUUGUUCCUGGUUAACAAUAUUUCAUUAAUGGUUUGUAUGAGAUACCCAUCUUUAACUCCAAGGGGAGAUGUUCUUCAAUACUUAAACAGGUCAUGAAAAUAGAACUUCAAAAUUGAUAUUUUCCUCCCUUUUCUUCGUGUGGUCAAGCGACUCCUUCUUCUUCUACGUGCUAGAAGGCAGAGAGGAGGGUGAGUAGCAUCCUAGAGCCAGAUCUUCGGAGCUUUGGGGUUUCUCAUCAACUGCUGUCCGACAGUGAAUGAAGAGGGAAUUCAAUAAAAGUCAAGGAUCACAAGAAGGAGUGUAGACCAAUCAAGUAAAUACAAGUUUCGGAUUAUG